UUGCCGCGCGCGGUCGUCCUACCCCACGUACACGCGACGUAAGAUACGAACCCAACGGGUGCGAGUGAGACAGCAAUCGACGUUUUCAACAGGUCACCUCGCCCGGAAGAAUUAUGUGCUUCUUCAGCAUAAUAGUCAUAAUAUUUGACUGCUACGCGUAAAGUGCGACCAUGAGGUGGCGUGCUGCAAAAUGGUUUCUAAUAUACCUCGCCAGCGGAUGUUUAUUGGUGGCGGGUCUAGACGACGUGUGGGUGGAGCUGAGGGCGCCGAGGUUUGUGGUGCACGGGCACAGCGCCGUGCUGCGGUGCGACCACAACGUGCAGCCCGACACCCUGUAUAAGGUGGUGUUCUUCAAGAGCGGUCAGCGCAUCAUGCAGUACGUGCAGGGCCGCGAUCCGCCCUUCGAGGUCUACAACUUCACCGGCGCCGACAUCAAUUUAAUAAUGUUGAAGCCGACGGCCAUAACCCUGGAGAAGAUGGACUUCUCGGCGGCGGGGCCGUACGCGUGCGAGAUCGCGCUUGACAUCCCGCUAUACUCCAAAGCCUCCAAAAUACACGAGCUCAGCGUCAUAGUUCGUCAGAAGCACCGUCCGCGGAUCAAGAUCAAGCACAAAAAGCUGUCGUCGUACGAGGACCUGGAGGCGAGCUGUCAGAGCGCCGCCGCCUACCCCGCGCCCCACCUCACCUGGCUCAUUAACAAUGUUAAGGUGGACGAGAAGCUAACAGUUCCGCACGGGACGGUCAGCAGCCACAAGUACCACCACGGCAUGCCGCUCUCCUUCACCAACUCCUCCCUCCACUUCCCCCUGUCCAGCCUGCAGCUGUUCCCGAACCAGACGGUUGACAUCACCUGCCUGAGCACCAUACCGAGCUACCCCACGCUCGGCGAGGGCUACGCGGACGUACAGAAUAAUACCGUCACAGUGAACGUGGUUCGUAUGGAGCCGACACCUACGCAGCUGCCCGUCAGAAUAAUAAAUUUAGAUAACUCCUCUUGUAGUUUAGCUAUAAAUUAUAUCCUAAUGGGAGUAUUGAUUUUGUCCCUAACCUGUGUAACCUUCGGCGUUAGAUCCUAAAUUCUAUAGAUGUUGACUAGUGUCCGACUGAAAGUUUUUGGCUGAGGCCGUUUUGAUUAAAACCAUAUUAUUCUUU